AUGCUAGCAGGACGGUUCCUCUGGAAUUGUAGACGAGUGUGCGUCCGUUCGUUUGCCAGUUCUCUCAAAGAUAUCUCGAUUAAGGGAUUUUUCGAAGCAAAGACGUAUGCGGUUAUCGGUGCGAGCACAAAGCCUGGUACGUUAGGACAUACAAUUUGCGAGAAUUACGUGCGUACUUACAAAGGAGAAGCCUUUUUUGUGAAUCCGAAGGGAGGAGAGCUCUUUGGAAAGCCUAUCUACAAAUCGGUUCUGGAUGUCCCUGGAGAGAUCGAGGCAGCGGCGGUCGUCGUUUCGGUGAAGUUUGCUUUACAGUCUGCGGAAGAGUGUAUGAAGAAAGGAGCCAAAUACCUGAUUAUGAUUCCUGGUGGUUUCAAGGAGUCAAAAACCGAAGACGGUAUCAAGAAGCAAGAGGAACUUGUAAAAUUAGCGCACAAAUGCAACUGUCGAAUUCUAGGUCCCAAUUGCAUGGGAGUGUAUGAUCCAAACCACUCUCCCACUCUCAUUCCCCUCUCAUCCCCAGACUGUCCAAGCCGGGCUUCGGCCCCGUCGGCAUUUUCUCUCAGAGCGGCUCGAUCGCGUCUGCGAUCCUCAACGAGCUCUCAGGCCGCCACAAGGACGGCUGGAUCUCGAAGUUCAUCUCCUUCGGCAACGCCUGCGACGUCAACGAGCUGGACAUCCUCGCCUACUACGCCGACGAGCCCUCCGUCCAGCAGGCCUGGGCCUAUCUCGAGGGCUUCCGCGACGCGCCCGCUUUCAUGCGCCAAGCUCGGCUCUUCUCCAAGAAAAAGCCGCUUCUGCUCAUCAAGGCCAACCGCAGCGCUGCGGGCGCCAAGGCCUCCGCGUCGCACUCCGCGUCCCUCGCCGCCAACGACGCCGUCUGCGACCAGCUGCUGCAGAACGUGGGGGGUGCCGGGAGAGGCGGGUAAUGCCCAGGCGGGCGUGAUUCGCUGCGACGUCUGGCGCGAUCUCUUCAACAUCGGCCGGCUCAUCCGCUCCCAGCCGCUCCCGCGGGGACGGCGCGUCGGAGUCGUGACGAAUGUCGCGGGGAUGGGGACCAUGAUCGCCGAUGCCGCCACUCUCUUCCAAAUGAAACUCCCGGCGUUUUCGACGCAGACGCUGUCGGCGUUUUCGACGCGAUUCCCGCGGUUCUUGCCGUAUUCGAACCCGCUGGAUUUGGCGGGGAAGUUGAAUUUGGCGGGGUUGAUGGAGGCGGCGAGCGAAGCCAUGAAGGACGCUAACAUGGAUGUUAUCGUGUUGGGUCUGGAGCCGAAUUCCAUCGAACACGGAGAUCCCGCGGAAAUGGCCAAGCAGUUGGCGGACAGGUUCGGACCGGGGAAAACGGAGAAGCCCUUUUUGGUGGUGGAGUUCGGCGGGACGCAGGAAUUCGAUCGAACGCUCCGCAUGGCGCUAAAAGAACGGGGAAUUGCGAUUUAUAGCGGACCGGAGGAAGCGCUGCGCGGCCUCGGAAAACUCAUGAAGUACGCCGAAUUCCGCGACCAGCAGAGCCCCACCGACGAGACGUACGCCUCGGUGGACUUCCCCGCGGUGAAGUCACUCUUCCGGAAAGUCCAGAAAUCGGGGCGAAAAGUGCUGACGGAGGUGGAAGGGUACGAGGUGCUGUGUCACUGCGGAAUCCAAACCCCCGCGCACGCCGUCGUGACGAGCGGGACUUCCGCGGGGGACUUCGCGGCGAAGCUGUUUUCGCGGGGCGUUCGGAGCGUGGUGGCGAAGGUGGUUUCUCCGGAUAUUCUGCACAAGACGGACGUGGGCGGCGUUUCGUUGAAUUUGGAGUCGGAGGAAGCGGUGAGUCGCGAAGUGGCGCGUCUGCACGCGAAGUUCAGCGCGCAGGGAAUCGAGUAUCACGGCAUCAUGGUGAGCGAGAUGGUGCCAAAGGGGCUGGAGAUGAUGAUCGGAGCCAAUCGCGAUGCGGCGUUCGGUCCGCUGACGGUCGCGGGAGCCGGCGGCGUGUUCGUGGAGCUGCUGAAGGACGUGGCGUUCAAUAUGUGUCCGGUGAGCAUCGAAGAAGCGAAGCGAUCGCUGUGCCAUUUGAAGUAUCGCGAGAUGAUGGAGGGAAAACUGGGACUUCCGCCGUUGAAUCAGGGACUGUUCGCGCGGUCCGUGUCGGCGGUGUCGUGCUUGAUGAAGGAGUGUCCGGAGAUCAAGGAGCUCGAUAUCAAUCCGCUCAUUCAGAUGAAGGACGGGAACUUGACUGCGGUGGAUUCGGUGAUAAAAUUGGAGUGGAGUGUUUGUUGGAAACAGAGAAAAACAGGAAAUAAUACGAGGAAGCGGCGCUGCGCUCCACGGUGA